AUGGCGCAGGAUCGAUCUCAGUUCCCCAAAGAUGCUCAAGCCAACCGAUUCACUGGAUCGCGACCUGACUUAACGUUAAGCUCUCAACAUCCAGGCAGCUUCAUGAAGUACACAGAUGAACGGUCUCUUCAGCUCGAGCAAUGCUGGACCACAUCACAGUCGGGGCUGGCGGACAACAAGUCAGUUAAGGCAGUGGAAAAGAUACCAGACGGGAAGUCUGAGCAGCAACAAAUCAAGACCAAUAUCGUACAGCCGCCCGCAACCUCGUCCAACUGGAAUGAUAUCCCUGAUGACAUGCUGCGUGCGCCAUUCCGAGGAAGAAAUCCGAAGAACCAUAAAGCAAUGAGCAAGGCUAGAAAUGCAGGUGUUCAGGCGUGGAGGGCUAUGUAUGGAGGCGAUGAGGGCUUUCCUGAUGAAGAGCUCUUCGACUCCAUGGAUCAUACAGCCGACGCUCAAGCACCGGCGACGCCCGCAAAGCUCACACUCCAUCGUGUCAAGAAGAUGAAGCCGGCUCCGUACGUUCAGAAAUUCAAAUUGAAGAACUCUGAGCCUCCCGAGGGCAUGGUAGCCGGCCCAGAGUGCGAUCGCGAGAAUAUGAACAACGAUGAGGAGAAGGUGGUGUUCCCCCUACACACCAACCGCCCUGUAGCGUGGUGGGAGUCUUCAUCGAAGUUAGACCUAUCAAGCGAUGGAAGCAAUGUCAACUUGCUCGGUACAGAGAAUGAGCACAAGACUCCGAAAGCGCAUGACAUCGGUCCUAGCGUUGACAAGGAACCGAACUUGGAGGAUGAUUUCACCGAGCACGACUACCUCAAAGCGAAGGCAGCAGCAGGCGAGCCCACAAUCCUCCCGAAGGACAUGCUCGCCCGGUUGCGAGAGCAGGUCAAAGCUGACGAAGAGCGACAUCGCGAGCAAGAUCCGCGCUACCAGCACGAACUCGUACUGGCCAAAGUCAACGCAGCUCAGGCAGAGCGCGAAGCUAACGUCCCCAACGAAGUCCUCUAUCCCGAAAAGGGUGCUCACGGCGAGAAGUGUUACCUUGACAAUGAGCAAUGGGAUCUUUUAGAAGAGUUUGAGGUACAAGACGAGCCAGAGCUAGAGGAUGAACCAGAGCCUAUGAAUACCCUACGGCCGGAGAACACGAUGGAUGCAAGUGAGGUUCCAGACUCUGAAAAGAAGGUUGAAAGCAUGUCCAGUGGUACCUCGGGUAGAGACGGAACGAUGUAUGGAUGGGCUUCCAAAGCUGGCAACGUCUUCACCUCCAAGCUAGCCACAAAGGAGCCGGACAGUCCAAAACCCAACGAUCGCCGGAAGACUGGCUGGACACUGGCCGAUGUUUUGGAGGAAGAUGAAGUAAUGUCUAGCAGGCGAGCUUGA